CAGUUCGUGGCGUGAGGGCGCAGGAGGAGGAGCUCAGAGCCGUUGGGCCCCGCGGAGCCAGGCAGCGGCAGCGGCAGCACCCGGCGGGGGUGACCAUGGGGAAGCGUUACUUCUGCGACUACUGCGACCGCUCCUUCCAGGACAACCUCCACAACCGCAAGAAGCACCUGAACGGGCUGCAGCACCUCAAGGCCAAGAAGCUCUGGUACGACAUGUUCCGAGAUGCAGCUGCCAUCUUGCUGGAUGAACAGAACAAGCGGCCCUGCAGGAAGUUUCUACUGACAGGCCAGUGCGACUUUGGCUCCAACUGCAGAUUUUCCCACAUGUCAGAGCGAGACCUGCAGGAGCUGAGUAUGCAGGUGGAGGGUGCGUUUCACUGGGACCCUGGGCGGGGCAGGGAGGAGAGGCGGGCCAGGGAGUGGCCACUAGAUGUCACCGAGCUCCCUGAGGUCCACGUGGAGGACUGGCUGGAGAAGAGAGCCCAGCGGCUGAGCUCGGCCCCAAGCAGCAGGGCUGAACCCAUCAGAGCCACCGUCUUCCAGUACCCAGUGGGCUGGCCACCAGUCCAGGAGCUUCCUCCAUCCCUGCGGGCACCCCCACCUGGGGGCUGGCCCCUGCAGCCCAGCGUCCAGUGGGGCUGAGUCCCUUAUCCCUGCCUAGUCAGCCCUCCAAUCAGCCACAAUCAAGAUAGGGGCUUGUACGGGGGACACCCAGGCCCCCUCCUGCUGCACCCCAUGGAGCAUCUGAAACUAAAGACUGGGCCUGGCCUGGCCUCUCUGAGGCCUAAGCGUCCUCCCCAACCAGGUGCAGCCCUGGUCCUGGCUCUGAGCCAGGCAGCUCUACCACCCCCACCCCAACAGGACAUCUUGAGAAGACUUCCUUCCAGAUGUUUAUAAAGAAAGUCUGUCACCACC